AUGGAUUGGGAGAUGCCCAAAUCGGCAUGUGUGUGGGGAGAUCUCAAGCAGAUCUUCCCAUGGGAUGUGUGCAUGGCUCCAGCAGACCGGGGCAAGGCAGCGGCUCAUUCUAGCAUUCAAGGGAGAGAUGGACUUGCAAGCACCCUUUUUGCGCUUUUCAGUGGAGUUCUGGCGGCACGUAAGUGCCAGAAUGUUGUGAGGCUGUUGAGGAUGUGA